UGAACACUCUUUUCAUUACAUCUUGGCCCAAUUCUAGUGAGCCCCCGGAGCUGUGAGCAUUGAGCAACUGCUGGUGAACGCUCCCAAACAAAACCCCCGUCCCAGCCACGUCAAUUGCGACAAUCUAAAAAUCAUCGGCCGAAUGACGUUGUUGCCCGGCCACGACCACAACCACACCAUUAUUCCCUCGAUCUGCUUGGACACUUACACCUACACCUACACCUCCAUUCACAACCACUUCGGCCACUCCUGCGUCGUCGCCAUUACAGUCUGAGUCGCAAAGCUUCUCUCUCUUCCUACCUCUCUCCAUCUCCAUCUCCCUCUCUUGCUCUACAACCUCGACGUAGAUCUCAAACCAUAGACCUCGACCAAGCGCAAGCAGCACAGGCCAUUGACUUUUGGCUUCCAUUCCUUCUCCACACCAACACCAAUAAUCUUUCCUUCACCCCCCAACUCCAAAACAUUCCUUAUUUCGUGCCGGCACGCCAAAUCAAUCGCAUCACUUAAUUCAUUAAUAUCCUCCGGCCGCACCCGCACCCGCGCUCUGAUUGCUACUAGCUCGUCCGUUGGAUACCAACCGGCCUUUCUUUGUCGGGCUUUUUCGAGUUGCGCGAGGCCAACCAUCGGCGAAGACGAGCUAAGAAAGGGUGGUCUUUGAAUAAGAACUUGGAUCGCUGACUCGAACUCUUCCUGGCCAUCUUUAGCUGCGAUCGGAUUUCGAAAAUCACUUUCUCGAACUAGAGCCUUCUCCUUUACACGAAACAUGCCGAACCCAUCAAAUGGCGACCCGAACGAGCGAACACGUCUCUUGGACGAUCUCGAGAAUGGAGGGGCAACGCGCAAACUGUCCCUGCGCGAUUUCUUUUUAAAUCGGGCCCAUACUCCAGGAGAAGAUAGUCCAAAAGCGUUCGUAAGGAUUCCUGCACGCGUGGUUAACGUUACUAAGGUGACUCUGUUCAGCAACUAUGUCAAUAUCCUCCUGGUAUUCGUGCCGCUGGGUAUAGUUGCUGGUGCAUUUCACUGGAAUCCUACCAUUGUUUUUAUUCUAAACUUCUUCGCAAUCGUUCCUCUGGCCGCAAUUUUGUCGUUCGCCACCGAGGAAAUCUCUUUAAAACUUGGUCAAACUAUGGGUGGUCUUCUUAAUGCCAGUUUUGGUAAUGCAGUGGAAUUGAUUGUAUGUUGGAAGGGACUCCGACCUUGUCCUUCAUGUAAGCUAAUGAAAUCUGUGUAGGUCAGCAUCGUGGCAUUAAGAAAUGAUGAAAUCCGGAUUGUUCAAUCUAGUAUGUUGGGAAGUAUCCUCUCUAAUAUUCUCUUGGUCCUUGGAUGCUGCUUCUUAGCUGGUGGCAUCCAUAACACUAGAACAGGCACGGUUUUAGGUAUUGAGCAAGGGUUUAACGUAACUGUUGCUUCUACCAUGUCUUCAUUGAUGGCCGUCGCUUCCGCUUCUUUGAUCAUACCCGCCACUGUAGGUUCAGUUCUCUAUCUUCCCAACCAAUAGCUAAUAUCUCGGCAGCUAUAUGCAGCUCUGUCCAACUCCAAGGAGGACAAUAGUGAUAACAUUUUAUUUUUGUCUCACGGAACUGCCAUUAUCCUCCUCAUCCUUUACGUGCUCUAUCUCUUCUUCCAAUUGUACACCCACACGCCACUAUUCGAUGGCGAAGGCGAGGGAGCAGAAGAUGAGGAGGAGGAGACGCCGCAAAUUAGCCCAUGGGCAGCAGCUGGUAUUUUGGUUGUAGUAACUAUCGCAGUUGCCGUCUGCGCGGAAUACUUGGUCGACUCCAUUCAAGCCGUCACCGAAACCCUGCACAUCUCCAAAACUUUCAUCGGUCUCAUCCUUCUACCUAUUGUUGGUAAUGCGGCAGAGCACGUCACUGCAAUUGUUGUUGCUGUGAAGGACAAGAUGGAUCUCGCAAUGGGAGUCGCUAUCGGAAGCAGUAUGCAGAUCGCCUUGUUGGUUACCCCGUUCCUGGUCAUUCUCGGCUGGAUUAUGGAUAAGCCAAUGACUCUUCAUUUCGAAACUUUCGAAACUGUUGUGUUCUUCCUGAGUGUAUUGGUCGUCACAUACGUCAUUCAGGACGGGAAGAGUAAUUAUUUGGAGGGUGCUAUGGUGAGAAUAUCCACGGGUGGCAUGUAUGAUCUAUCUGCUAACACGUUAUCCAGCUACUCGGCCUUUACUUCAUAAUUGCUCUAGCUUUCUUAGUGUACCCUGAUGAUGCGUCUAAUGUUCCAGGCAACAAUCCAUCUAAGCAGUCCAUGGUGGACACUGUCAAGUCCAUGGUUGGGAUGUAGACAAUUCCGUACUCUCUCUUCUUGUUCAUUCAGCUACACAAUCUUCAAUUGGGGGGUAUUUCGACUUUUUUUUCCCUUUUGUCAUGAAACUUUUUUCCUUGCGUUUGUUGCAGGUUGGUGCGUGAAGGGUGGCAGGGAAGAUUGGUUGUCACCAUGUAUUUCUAAAUGAUUCCGACA